UUUUUUGAUAAUGGUUAUACUGGGAAGAACCCACCUUAUCGUCCUGUCUGGUUCAUUCAUGUUUAAAGACUGAUUUAAACACCUUUAUUUAAUGUUAAAGUGAGGGAUAAAGAGGUAUAGAACUCAAAAGAAGACUCAAAUGAUGCUUCUCCAUCUGUUAAUUUUAUUGGCCAGUAUUUUGGCAACUUGUAGCGGAAAGAACCCUGCAGUGGAAUGUGAAGAUAACAAUAAAGGCCUUACGUAUUUGAAUCUGGCAAGUGACCUGAUUGGAAAAGCUAGAGACAAUUAUCCAAAUUGCUCGAAUGCUAAACCUUAUUUAUACUCAAAGCCAAUAGAUUGUGAAGAGUGGCUGCUAAUGGGUUUUAACAAGAGUGGAUCGUAUAAAAUUGAACCAAAAAGCAGACUAUUGAAUGGGAAAUCAAUAGACGUAUAUUGUGAUAUGGAGACUGAUGGCGGUGGCUGGACAGUUAUUCAAAGGCGUGGGAAUUUCCUUAGACCUAAAGAUUACUUUUAUCAAGACUGGUCAAGUUACAAAACAGGUUUUGGCCACAUAGAGAGAGAUUUCUGGUUAGGUAAUGACAACAUAUUUGCUUUAACAAAUCAAAAGCUCUAUUCAGUACGCUUUGAUCUGAAAGACGUGGAAGGAGAUAAGAAAUACGCUCUGUAUGACAUAUUUUGGAUUGAUGAUGAGAUUCAGAAGUAUACGCUACACAUACAAGACUACAGUGGUGAUGCUGGUGAUUCAAUGGAGAUGCACAAAAAUAUGAAAUUCUCAACUAAAGAUGCUGAUAAUGAUCUUCAGAUAAAUCAACAUUGCUCUCAGAAAUAUAAAGGUGCCUGGUGGUACAAUACCUGCCACACAGCGAAUUUAAAUGGACUGUAUCUUCGGGGAAAACAUGAUAGCUUUGCAGAUGGCGUGAUCUGGGAAAGUUGGAAGGGUUAUAAGGAAUCCUUAGACACUACUGAAAUCAAAAUAAGAUCCAAGAACUUCAAACACAAACCUUUUGUUAAGGAAUGUGCGGAAAUUCCACAAUAGUAAAGAUUCACCUUUACAUGAAUAUUCAAAUUUGUAUGAAGAUUUUAAUUUAUAAAGUAAUAAAGUUUUGAAAAUGUUA